AUGGCUUCAUCUUCUGUCUGUCGACGCGCUUCUUCUCUCAUUGUUUGUCGACGCGCAUUCCACUCCUCUUCCGUCGCCGCGUUCCCUCGACGGUCGGCCCAACACGGUUCUUUGCCAGUUGAGGGAGGCAUCGACAUCUCCGAGUUUAGAACGUUUCAAGACGAUGAUCUUCCCGCUGGAGGGCACAUAGACCUCCGGCAGAAACGCGACUUCCUCCAUUAUCUCCAGCUUAUAGACCAUGACGUUCCGCGUUUGACCGCUUUUCGUAAACCAUACGCACCACCAACUGCUUCGGUCCCGCUGGCGGUUCGCUCAGUAGAUUUUGCCGGUGAAGAGCAUCCCAUGACCCCAAAGCGAACCGUUGUGGUUCCUGUCGAACAUCUUCCUUUGAAGGGAGACGCUGCACUUCAUACGGCUAAACUCCUGGCUGGAGCAAGAUGGACACCAGAACCGCCUAAGGACUCGGGUUACCAGAACAAUGCCACAGUUAAGCACGGAUAUAUCAAGAUUUCGUGCGAAGACUUCCCUGAGCCCGCCAUGAACUUGAAGUGGAUUAGCGACACCCUUGACCGGCUAGUAGCAGAAGCAAAUAACCCCAAAAAGAAUGGCUAUCAGGCUUUGCCACUAGACGAAAGGCAUCUAGAGGCGAAGGCGAGGAAGGCAAAGAAGGGGGACCACCGGAGAGGGCGCGACGGUAAUCGGCCAUCUCUCAAAGACUUCCCGAAGGAGUGGUUGCCCAAGAGCCCACCGCUCAAUGGCGCCAGUGCUUAA